GGGUCGUGAACUUGGCUCUCCGCCUGUAUUUGGCGUGCAAUGCGAAUAGAUUUGUUGAUAAAACCCUAAAAUCACCGAAAGUAUUGGGCGUGCAAUCGACAGGGGAAUUUACAAUCCCAGUUUCUGUGCAAAACAAGUCGUAAGCAGAGAUUUAUCAAGGUAGACCGACUGAAUAUACGCAUAUUUGCAUGAUUAUUUGUCUUGGCUGCCGAGUGCAAAAGGGUGCGUGUGUGCAGAGGAGUGAGCUCUCUAGGCCAAGCUUGUUGCUGGCCGAGGGUAAAUAUUGCGUCUGCGGGGUGUCUGGGUCCGGGUGGAAGGGGGUGGAUCAAUAGACGCCGUGCCAGCUCCGACAGCCCCUCACUCAGUCCGUACUCAGCCGGCCAUUAGAGUAGCUUCACAUGUGCGAGCGUGUGUGAGCAGAAGAACAAGAAGUCUCAUCCAUCCGCCGACAUGGCCUUUCAUAUGCAGUAACGAGGAAGAUGAGGUCGCGUAGCAGCAGCAGCAGCAGCAAGAAACGCGGCCGCAGCACGACUAGCCGGCUGCGCGAGCGGGCCAACCUGUCCUUCUGCAUCGUGGUCAUCUUCUUCGCCGUCUUCGGCAUCAUCGUGCUCACUGAGAUCUUCUUCAUCGACGAGCGGCCAGGCCCGGCGCCAAUCGGCGCCCACCGCGGCCCCGACUACGAGGAGAUUGUGCUCUCCGAUGACUACCUCCAGCUGUACAAGGGCCCAGACAACGAGGCGGCCUCGCACCUCGCAGGCAGGGUGCUCGCGCCACUCGCUCCCAACUCCGCUGCCAGGCCCGACGAGGCCAACCCUUUCGCGCCGCCGCUGCCCGACGCCGGCUACGUUAAGUUCAGCAACCUCACCGCUAAGGACGCCAGAUGGCAGCCUGUCAGGGGCACCAGGUUCAAAUUUUAUGUGUACUCGGCGUUCUACGACAAAAGGUCGGGAAGGAUGAUAAGAAUUAUCGGGGCGACACGAACGCGCAGCCCUGAGCGCGUGUGGUGUCGCUUUUGGUACGACGAGGAGCCCAACACGGCAACCAAUGCCACCGUUUCGCCUGAGAGGCGCAGCUCUCGACCGCAAUUAGUGAUAGCCAAAGUGCGAGUGAUCAGGGAGAACUGGAACCUCAAGUACAGCGCCUGCUUUGUGAUUUGCCCCCUGCCGAGGUCCAACGGCACUGAUGAGGCCUGGCCGGUGCCUAACAGCGUAUCCAUUCUCGCGGGAAGGGUGCUUUUACCUCCGGCAAACCGGCUCAUCGUCAACAAGCCUAGCAACGCCACCAACAAAGGCGAACUCGCUGUUUGCGUCAAACCUCUCCACUUCUUCUACAAUCAAGUAUGGUCGCUGCUUGAGUGGCUAGAGUUCCAGAGCAUCAUGGGUGCGGUGCACGUGACCAUGUACAACCACACGGCAGGCCCGGCGGUGAGCUGCGUGCUGCGCGACUAUGUGUCGCAGGGCCUGGUGACACUGCUCGACUGGGGAAACCUACCGAUGCUGUCGCAGCGCGAGAUCCGUACCGAGGGCCUGUUCGCGGCGCUAAACGACUGCCUGUACCGCAACAUGUACCGGCACGCUUACCUGGCCAUCAUCGACCUGGACGAGUACAUCGUGCCGCGGCGCAACGACUCGCUGCCAGCGCUGCUGUCGUGGCUGACGCGGCCUGGCACGCGCGCCGCUGGCUCCUUCUCCUUCCAGAACGCAUUUUUCUACCUGCAGUGGCCCGACGACGAAAAGCUGCUGCAGCAGCAGGGCGAGCCCGAGGUCGAGCUAGUGACGCAGCGCAAGACGCGGCGCCGCGCCAAGCUGCACCCGCACAAGCAACGCUCUAAGUACGUGUGCAAACCCGAGCUGGUGGUCGAGGCCGGCAACCACUUCGUGUGGGAGUACGUGCCGGGCCGGGGCACCCUGAACGUGCCCGCCGACGCUGGCAUCCUCCACCACUACAGGGUGUGCGAGUUUGGCGGCGACGACUGCGUCAAGGCUGCCUCCGUCGUCGACCGCUCGGCAUGGCGCUUUGGCGCGCAGCUCAGGGAGCGCGUUUCCCGCAGGUGGCAGCACCUCAGGACAAAAUGUGAUUUGCCGUCCGACCAGCAGCAGCAACGUCGACCUUAGCUCUCUUCCUUUCCGCACCUUCUGCAAUCUUUAAAUCCGUUCUGGUUGCACCCCAGAGGUCUGAAUUCCCAAAAUUUGUUCUUUUCCAUUGCGACGGUCGCGUUUCAAGCGUCUAGUCUCUAGUCAGAAGCAUCAAACAUAAAAUGCAGCAGCGGACAGGAUCUGCUUCUGCAUCUAGCUUCACUCUUCUGCAACGCUAGAGGUGCACGUCCCUGAUGCUCGCACGCCGAAAUUGACACUCCACAGUGAUAACGCGGCAGUGGCUUUCGCUCUCUCAGCGUCUCGCCCAGACAAAUACUCCCCCGCCAACGCUGGACGAAGGGUUGUUGUUUUUGUGAAAUGCACUCCGCCAAGGAUAUGGUCAGGUGGUACGCGUCAAUGUGUUCUCCAUAAAGAACGUGUGCGAAUAGAAGCAUGCGUUCAUUACUACACCUCUUCUUUGACAUCGUUUUUGAGGCGUGAAUGCACAAGAAAUGCCAUUUUUCAUAAAGAUUUCAAAUUUUUUCGUUUUCAUAACUCCUUUACCUAGAUUAAAGUAUAUAUUAAUUUAUUUUUGAUUCAAGCGCCCGAUUGAAUUCUAAAGCAAAGGCUGAAGCGUAUACUUUUUAUUUGAUAAAAAAACACUCGCCAUUUUUGCAAAUGUUCUAUAUUUGAUGGAUCCAUCGUCAGCAUUUCUUGUGCGAACGAGGCGUAUUCACACUACGUCAUUUUGUGCAUAUAUUUAAAGUAAUGGUUUCACGCGGUGUGUCAUGUGUCAUUAAUUACCAAUAAAUUGCUGUGUAAUCAUUCACCAUUCGCAAAAGAAUUAAUCGCUACACAGUGGCUGAUUAUUUGUCGAUCAGCUAGAAAUUAAUUCGACAAAACUAUUAUAUUUUGUCAAACAUGCGCUUUUAAUUUUAGCUGCGAUGAUUUUCACAAACUUAAUUAUAAGAGGUGUUAAUAGUCAUUUUGAAACUCUUUCGCGAGAUCAAUAAUUCAUUCCUAUAUUUUUCCAUGUUUCCGCAUUGAGUAUUUACUCUCGACUUUUAAAUGCGUACAACUGCUUAGCGUGCAAAUCAUUGAAAAAAGCUCAAUCCCAUAUUAUUUUAUGUGGUUUUAUGUUUCUGUGAUGUUUUAGUGUGGGAAUUUUAUCCGUUAAAACAAUAUGUGAAUAUAUUUUUAAAUCAAAGAAGGAUAAAAUUGUGUUUAGUUGUUUGACGAAACGAAAGUCACAAAAGAGAACUGCUAUUAAUGAUUACCCUGAAUGAGAAACAAUAAAAAUAAAACGGUUAUAAGCUGGUUAAUACGGUAUAUCAUAUCAAUGUCAAAGAGAUUUUGUAAAGGAAAAUAUUUGUACCAUACGUGAUGAAAGAAUAAAAAUUUCUUCAAAGCAAAA